CUCCUCUCCUUGUGUUUUAGGUCGUGUUUUGCCUCUCUCAUCAUCUUUUUCAGCUCAGCAGAUUUUCUGAUCUGAUACCAAGUUGAGGAGAGAAGAGUCUGUCGAUUUUCGAUUCAGGGUUCGAGUUGAAUCUGAAAAUCGAACAUGUUUGGAGGAGGAGGUAGGGCGCCGAAGAAGAGCGACAACACAAAGUACUAUGAGAUUCUGGGAGUCUCCAAGACUGCUGCCCCUGAAGAUUUGAAGAAGGCUUACAAGAAAGCCGCCAUCAAAAACCAUCCUGAUAAGGGCGGAGAUCCUGAAAAAUUUAAAGAGUUGGCUCAGGCUUAUGAGGUUUUGAGUGACCCAGACAAGCGUGAGAUUUAUGAUCAGUAUGGCGAGGAUGGACUUAAGGAAGGAAUGCAGUCGGGUGGUCAUGACCCUUUUGAUAUCUUCUCGUCUUUCUUUGGUGGUGGCGGCAGCCCAUUUGGUGGAGGAGGCAUGCCAGGUGGUAGUAGCAGAGGAAGGAGACAGAGGCGUGGAGAAGAUGUUGUUCACUCAUUGAAGGUCUCUUUGGAAGACCUAUAUCUUGGAACCUCAAAGAAGCUUUCCCUAUCGCGCAAUGUGUUAUGCUCCAAGUGCAAAGGCAAGGGGUCAAAAUCUGGAGCUUCGACCAAGUGUGGUGGUUGCCAGGGAACUGGUAUGAAGGUCACUAUUAGGCAUCUUGGACCCUCUAUGAUUCAACAGAUGCAGCAUGCGUGCAAUGAAUGCAAGGGUACUGGAGAGACCAUAAGUGACAAGGACCGCUGUGGACAGUGCAAGGGUGAGAAGGUCGCCCAGGAAAAGAAAGUAUUAGAAGUCCAUGUGGAGAAGGGUAUGCAGAAUGGACAGAAGAUUACAUUUCCUGGUGAAGCUGAUGAAGCUCCUGACACAAUCACUGGUGAUAUAGUAUUCAUCAUUCAGCAAAAGGAGCAUCCCAAAUUCAAGAGAAAGGGGGAUGAUCUUUUUGUGGAGCACUCCUUGUCGCUCACAGAUGCACUAUGUGGUUUCCAGUUUGUGCUCAACCAUUUGGAUGGCAGGCAGCUGCUCAUCAAAUCAAACCCUGGUGAAGUUGUGAAACCUGAUUCGUUCAAGGCUAUCAAUGAUGAGGGUAUGCCUAUGUACCAGAGGCCAUUCAUGAAGGGCAAGCUAUACAUCCAUUUCUCAGUGGACUUCCCUGAAACUUUGAGCCUUGAGCAAGUCAAGGCUUUAGAAGCUGCCCUUCCAUCAAGGGCAUCAUCUCAGCAGUUGACGGAUAUGGAGCUGGAUGAGUGUGAGGAGACGACUCUGCAUGACGUGAACAUGGAGGAGGAGAUGAGGAGGAAACAGCACCAGGCUCAUUCUGAGGCCUAUGACGAGGAUGAUGACAUGCCUGGUGGUGCACAGAGGGUGCAAUGCGCACAGCAGUGAUUGUAUGUUAACAGUCUAAAGGGCGUGUUGACUCUGAUGAGUGGCCAUCUAGCAGGGAGACUAGGAUUUUGGCGAAGACUACUUGGGGUGUUAAAUGAUUAUUUUGAAACCUUCUGUUCUUUUCUAUUCUCGAACUAUUUAUAAAUGACCGUCAUUUACUGUUUUA